UUAAAAUCAACGAAAAGUAUAUGACGAGGGAACACCAAAGCGUUCUUCACAUAGCCUGUCUAAACGGUUUUACAGAACUAACAGGAAUACUACUGAAACAUCAUGCUUCUAUUGACAUGCAAGAUAAAGGUAGAUUAACACCUUUACAUUUGGCAUGCAAAAAUAGACAGUGUGAUACAGCUUCGUUGUUACUAAACGCUGGAGCCAAGAUUAAUACAUUGGACAAAAUAGGAAGAACUCCUAUUUAUUAUGCAUGUACUGGGGGUUAUAAAGAUAUUGUGGAACUUCUAAUUCAAAAUAAGGCACAUAUAAAUAAAAGCUCAUCAAACGGUUCUACCCCUUUGCAUGCGGCAUGUGAGAAAGAAAGUAUAAACAUUGUGAAUAUUUUAUUAAGAACAGGUUCAAAAGUAGAUGUCAAAGACAAAACAGGGGAGACACCUCUUCAUUUAGCAUGUAGAAAGGGAAAUGAAAAAAUCGUAAAAUUGUUAAUUGAUAACGGUGCUUCGAUUGAUGAGAAAACAAAAAAAGAUAAGAUUAGACCCUUCCAUGAAGCUUGCAGAAACGGGCAUCGUAAUGUUGUAGAAAUUCUUUUGGAGAAUCAUGUCAAAUACGAAAAGACAAAUACAAAGGGAUGGACGGGGCUUUUCUUCAGUUGUGCAAACGGAUACACUGAUAUAGUAAAGAUGAUACUGAAUCGUAAGGCUGACGUAAAUAGUACUGAUAAAGACGAAGUUACGGCUCUUCAUGUCGCUUGUAUAAAUAGUCAUAAAGACGUUGUUAACACAUUGAUCGAGAAAAGGGCGAAUGUAAAUGUAGCAGACGUUCGAGGCGAAACUCCUCUUUUUAAAUCAUGCUUCAACGGUAAUAUCGAAAUAGUAAAGAUAUUGCUCCAAAAUGGUGCAAAUGUUAAGAUAUGUGGUACCUCUGGGCUGUCUCCUGUGGACAUUGCAAAGGAAAAAGGGUUCAGUGACAUUGUUCCUCUUUUGAACAAUAACAAAAACUGAACAGAAUACACAAAUAUUGAAACAGCUGUUGUUAAUUUGUAUAAGAGAUAUAAACUAAUUUAAAUAUAUAUUUAUAUAUUUUCAGAUAUCUGAAUUAAAUUCCGCUUUAGGUGUA